AUGGAGCUCUCAGGGGGAGAGCUGCAGGAACAGGGUGACAGUCGAAUGCAGGAGCUGACCUCCCUGGUCCAGAAAGUGACCCGGAGCAGCAGCUGGUGGGAGAGGCAUGGUGUGGACUGGGCCUGGCUUAUCCUGGCACUAUGUGCCACCCCAGCAGGGUUCAUGCUCCUGCAGUCGGAACGCUGGCUGCCCCUCUGUCUGGGAAUCCUGCUGCUGGGCACAACUCACACCAUCGUCUCAGUGAAAGGGAGUCACUUGGCUAGUCACAGCUCGCUCAGCCAAUCCCGCUCCUGGAACAAGCUCUGGGCCGUGCUGUUCAUCGAGGUGUGUGGAUCAUUCACUGCGGAGGUGGCCACCCAUCAGCACGUCAAGCUGCACCACGCCUAUACCAACAUCAUCGGCCUGGGUGACUCCAGCACCUGGAAGGCCCCUUUCUUCCCACGGUAUAUCUACCUGUUCAUCCUGCCCCUGGCAGUGCCUCUCAUCACACCGAUCGUGGCAUUGGGGCUGAUCCAGGAUCUCCCAGGGCUUGUUGUCCUCAGGACCCUCUGCACCAUCUCACUGGGCAUGUUGCUGAACUGCUGGCUCCUGCUGACGGUAUCUGGUUUCCGAUCGCUGCUCUCUGCGUUUCUCUGCAUGCUGUUGUACAAAGCUCUUUACUCCAUUCCCUACAUACACGUCAAUAUCUUUCAGCAUAUCGGGCUGGCGAUGUUCUCCCUGGAUAAGAAGCCGAAGAGGAUCUACCAGAUGGCCUAUGGAGUAUUGAACCUGCCCCGGAACCCCCUCCUGGAUUGGUCCUUUGGUCACUCGCUCAUUAACUGUCACGUGGAGCACCAUCUGUUCCCCACACUGUCUGACAACAUGUGUCUGAAGGUGAAGCCGAUUGUAUCAAACUACUUCAAACAACACAACAUCCCGUACAAUGAGGAGAGCUACCUGUCCCGCCUUCGCCUGUUCAUUGACAGGUACCAGCAGCUGAUGGUUGAUGCACCCUGUCUCACUGAGUUAGUUGGCAUUCAGUGA